ACUAUUUUGCACUUUAAACCUGGCCAAAGUCUUCGGGCCUGGCCAACGAAUACGUAAAACACAUACUCCAGGAUUGUGCCGAGUUCAAGUGCGCCUGUCCGCACCCAGUUCGUCCUCGUUCGCCGUUCUCAGUUAGCCGAAUCUCACGGAACUCGCCGCGUCAAUCCAAUCUUUCUCGGGCCGCGGACAAGGAAACAACAGCAACACCGCAGCGCAGCGCAGCGUCAGCUUGUUAGCCGGAGAGAAGCUUUUCGUUCGUUCGUUCGUUAGUUCGUGUUUGCAUUGCGCGCAUUGCCCCUGUCCGACAAUUUCAUUGAUAAGAAACCCAGUGUGAAUGCCAUGCCCCAACGUGUCACCGUCGCCGUAGCCGCCCCUCUGUUCGCCAGCCGUUUAAAUUGCAAAUUAAUCAAUUAAAAUAGUACAAGAGCGUGCAGUGUGUGUGCUGGAAUUAAUAUAUUUGCGUGGCUUUAACCGAAUCUAAUUAAUUUUGCUUUAAUUUUGAGUUUGUUGCGUCCAAAAGUUGCCGCUUGUUGCCCCCCCUUUUCGCGACGCGACGCGGUGCCACGCUGUUUAUUAUUAAUUAAAAACUGAAAACAGUGCAUAGUUCCCGGCUGCAAAAUUGUCCGUUAUUUUGUCGAGCUUCCCGUUUAUCCGUGCGCUUCCUUCCGACCCAGAACAAGCGCGGCCAAUUAACAGCGGAUAAACUUGACUAAGAAAAGCAAGGGGCAAAGUGGUAAAGGACACAGCAGCAAACAAAAAACAAAACAAAAAUGACGCACUGGGAGGACUUUUACAACACACAUCUGCCGCCCGCAGACUUUGAGGACAAUCGCUCGCUGCUGAAAGAGUUCUGCGAGCGCCACAACAAGAUCCAAAAUCGCAUUGUCCUCGUCACGUCCGGUGGAACUACAGUACCUUUGGAGCACAAUACGGUUCGAUUUGUGGAUAACUUUAGUGCCGGCACCAGAGGCUCUGCCUCGGCGGAAUACUUUCUGGACCAUGACUAUGCCGUCAUCUUCAUGCAUCGCCACAAAUCGCUGGAGCCCUUUACGCGCCACUUCACGGGGCAGCAGUUCUUCGAUAUGCUGGACAUAGCGGAGAACAGCCAGAGCUCGACGAUAGCCAUCAAGCCGGACUCGGUGGAUGUGUUUGCACCGGUGCUGGCCAAGUACAAGAUUGCCCGAGAGACCCAAAUGAUUUUGUAUGUGAACUUCACCAGCGUCGUCGACUACAUGUGGCUGUUGAGGGCCGCCUGCGAGUGCCUGGCUGCGUUCGAGGAACGUGCCGUCCUCUACUUGGCGGCUGCCGUAUCCGAUUUCUACAUACCCGAGGACAUGAUGCCCACCCACAAAAUGCAAUCGGGCGAUGGAGCGCCGACAAUUUCGCUGCAGCUGGUGCCAAAAAUGCUUGCCCCACUGGCCAGCCUCUGGGUGCCGCACGCGUUCGUGGUGUCCUUUAAGCUGGAAACGGACGAGAGUCUAUUGAUUGUCAAGGCACGUGACAGCCUCAACAAAUACAAGCAUAAGCUGGUCAUUGCCAAUAUACUGCAGACACGCAAACACCGCGUGGUGUUUGUCACGCCCACAGAUUCCUACGAGCUGCAUUUGAGCCGCGAGCAAACGCUGCAGGGCCUGGAGAUCGAGGAGCCCAUUGUGGCCGACCUGGUGCUAAAGCACAACGAGUACAUCAACAACGCCCAGCAGCGCCAAUGACCGUUAUCAAUGCGCCGCAGGCAACAACAGCAGCACCACCACCAGCAGCUCCAGCACCAGGAUGACGAUGGGGAGGAUCCGUAUUGCGUGACCAGCUCGCAUUAUUGUCGCGUGCUCAAUCCGGGCACGCCAAGCUUUGGCCGCAAAUAUUGAGCAGGUGCAUAGUCCAUAGCGAAUGCUGAAAUGCCGAAUAACCGAAUAACCGAAAUGCCGAAUACCCGAACACGGAACAGCGACCACAGAACACCGGAUAGUGUGACUAGACAUUUGCAUAUAAGUGUGUUUCCCCCCUUCGAGCUUUGUGUUGCCGUAACAAUAAGUAUUUCUGUUUAUGGUCACGCCUCAUAAUUGAUGGGACAGCGUCUCCAUUUCGAUGGUGUCGGUCCUUUCUACCCAUUUUCAUAUUAGUUAAUGUAUUUCUUUUAAUGUUGUCCCAAGAAAUGAUGUCACUUGUAUGUAUACUUACACUCUGCUGGCGGCCUUCCAUCUUGCCCAUCUCCAUCCAGCCAUCCUUUUCAUGGACUGUCCUUUUAAGUCAUCAAGUAUACGCAGCUGUGGGGGCGCAGACAUCAAUAAACGUUUUUGAUUUA